UAUGACAUUUCAAUUCGAAUUGAUGUUUUAAACCAUGCAUGUAGGAGUUGGUUUAGCUUUUAUUGUAUUCUUUCCUUUACCAAGAAUAAUACGAAAACCUUUAGUAAGAGGAUUGGAGAAAUUAUUAACAAAUUCAAUCAUCUCCAAAAUUUUAUAUUUAAUAUUAAGUUGGUCAUUAUUUUUAUUUGUGAGUGCAGUCACAGAGAAUUAUGAUUUGGGUAAGGAGCUUAUUGGAUAAAAAGCUUAAAGAGAUUCAUAUACUGAAGGAGUCUCUUAAUAUGAAAUGGAAAAGACUGUAAAUUAAACAAGAAUGAAGAUGUUUUAUUCUUAAAGAAAUAUAUAUUUGACUUUAUUCAAUUUGAUAAUUUUUGGAGCUAUAUUUACUUAUUUGAAGAGUUUAGUGAAAUUUGAUAAUCAAUUGGAUAAGGAAGAUAAAAUUAAGAAAUAAUUAAAUGUUCCAAAAGGAGCAGUAGGAAAUGUCAAAUAAUGAU